AUGAGUACCCAGAAUACCAGCGCUCAGAAUCUUUCCUUCGUUCUUGAGGGAAUACACCGCGUCAAGUUCGAAGACCGGCCAAUCCCAGAGAUAAAAGAUCCUCACGACGUACUGGUGAACGUCAGGUUCACUGGUAUAUGUGGUAGUGAUGUUCAUUAUUGGGAACAUGGCUCCAUUGGCCAAUUUGUUGUCAAGGAUCCUAUGGUCCUGGGACACGAAUCUUCCGGUGUUGUCAGCAAGGUUGGCUCUGCCGUCACCAGUCUAAAGGUAGGAGACUGCGUUGCGAUGGAGCCAGGAAUCCCAUGUCGCCGCUGCGAACCAUGCAAGGCGGGAAAAUAUAAUCUCUGUGUGAAAAUGGCUUUCGCAGCGACACCUCCAUACGACGGUACCCUGGCCAAGUAUUACGUCCUGCCCGAAGACUUUUGCUAUAAGCUUCCUGAAAGCAUCACCCUACAGGAGGGUGCACUUAUGGAGCCCCUUAGUGUUGCCGUCCAUAUCGUCAAACAGGCUGGGAUAAACCCGGGUCAAUCAGUGGUAGUCUUCGGUGCUGGCCCGGUUGGACUUCUCUGCUGUGCUGUGGCGAAGGCUUACGGUGCGUCCAAGGUUAUCGCGGUUGAUAUUCAGAAGGGUAGGCUAGAGUUUGCCAAGAAGUACGCAGCAACGGCCACGUUUGAGCCAGCUAAAGCCGCGGCGUUGGAGAAUGCUCAACGGUUAAUAGCCGAAAAUGAUCUGGGCUCGGGUGCAGAUGUUGCCAUUGACGCUUCAGGAGCGGAGCCCUCGGUUCACACAGGCAUUCACGUUCUGCGUGCUGGGGGAACAUAUGUCCAGGGCGGCAUGGGCAGAAGCGAAAUUACCUUCCCAAUAAUGGCGGCUUGCACCAAAGAACUGAACGUCAAGGGCAGCUUCCGUUAUGGGAGUGGUGACUACAAGCUUGCAGUCUCCUUAGUAGGUAGUGGAAAGGUGAACGUGAAGGAACUGAUCACGGGUGUUGUCAAGUUCGAGGAUGCCGAGCGAGCAUUCGAAGAGGUUAAAGCUGGAAAGGGCAUCAAAACGCUUAUUGGUGGUGUCGAUUCAUAA